ACCCGCGUGCAAUCACCCAGUGCGGCGCGUAACGUAAUCAUAUAGGUAUUACCGUACAUAAAAUAAUAUUAUAAUAUUGAAAUAUUGUCGUAAUCGUUCUGUUCGCGUAUUUUAUUGUUUACAACAAUCCUUACGAUAUUUAUAUUAGAGUGUGCGGUGUUCUAAUCAACUAAUUAUUACCAAUUUUUUAAUUUUUCGCGUCUAAAGUACACACAGAUGAACAGUGCUCGGUAAUCGCCGCCUCGGAUGGAAUAAAGUUUUCGAAAUAGUAUGACGUACAGUGACUACUACUGCUAACGAGGACACCUCGAGGGCUAAUGUCAUAAACCCUCAUAAUAGUAACAGGUGACGAUGAGCGUGACGACAACGACAACGACGGCAGACUGCGAGCUGCUGGGUCGGGGACCCGUUCAAGGAUCCGCAGACUCGGACAGCCUGGCUACGCUAGUCAGACAGCUGUGCAAGAAGCAGCAACAGCGUGGCCGGUUACCGGGACGCCGUUGCAUGGUGUCGUGCAGCCGGGACGCUGGACUGGAGAUAGUGCCGUACCAGAGAAAGCGACCGGACGACGAAGGUUUCGAGUCAGACGAAGACUUGGCGUCGCUAGGAUCGUACGAUGAUCCCGCCAAGAGGAAAACUGGAACGUUGGCAACCGUAUCGGCGGCGGCGGGCGCGUCGUCGGACAGCGCCAACAGCAGCGGCGUUUCGGAAGACAGCGACGACGCGGACGCCGCUUCGCUGAGAGGCGGACAGGCACCAGUCGUUGCCAUCGCGGAGGCUGUUGAUGGAUCUGGUCGUGAGGCAUACGGGCUGACCGACGUGGCGUUCUGCCACACGGAUGCGGCCGCAUUACCCGGUAUCGCAGUGUGGGUGAUCAAGACCAGGAGAACGCCGUCCGCAGGUCUGGAGGCCAUCGUGGUCCGAAGCCGGGACAACCGGCUGCAGGAUGUGUGUCGGGCGUACCAGGAACACAGCAGGCGCUUGAAGUUGGAGCCAAAGCCUUGGGUGGGCCACGCUAACAGCACGGGUGGGUCGCUGUCGUCGCAAAGGCGAAAAAUCGGCGUCGGCGGUAGCGUAAGCGGCAACAUAGCGCUGACGGCGAUGCCUGAAGUGAACAGGUUCAACCUGGUGCAGCGGACCGACACCGACGGGGUGACGCACAUCGAAGUCACUGCGGGGCCUGUGGUGGCGGCCAAUUCCACCUCCAGGGACUCGUCUCAGUCGAGCAUAAUAAGCAUAAGCACGCCAGAAUCACCGAGGCCGACGACCAAAGACCGAUCGUAUGGAGACGAGGACGACCGAGAUCGAGACGACGGGGACGGUGGCAUUGAUCCGCCCCCGCAGAGGCCUGAAAGGAGGAAAUACAAGGUGAAAGCGGACGGCGGCGACGGAAGUAACGAAGACUACAGGCGGCAACAAAAGGUGGUCAGGGGUCAGUUUAUUAGGGUCAAUGUCAACCAUCGUGCCGUGUUGCCACCGGCCAGCCCGGAACCGGAAAGGAAGUCCGGUCAGGAGUCGCCGGCCAAGUCGAUCGCCAGCUCGUCCCCAACGUCCGUCGUAUCCGACCGGCUGUGGUCGACCGCAGAUUACGACAGGUUGGACGGUCGGUACGAACAACACAGACGGUCCAACAACAGUCGCACUCGGAGCAGGAGUACAGGACCUGGUCGCCGGCAACAGCAACCGCUGCAGCUGGCCGCUCUCCAGUCGUCGCAUCCUCCACCGGUGGCGUUUAGUCGGUACCCGAACGUCGAACAGCAGCCACCGCCAUCGUCGUCGUCGUUCGGCAACCGGUUUUUCGGCAAACUCCGUGAGAUAACUUCUGGCAAUCAGUCACCGCCGCUUCAGGACCUGCAACCCGUGACUUUCCGGCGACGCAACAGCGUCGGUGAAUCUGUCACCGCUAACUUCUAUCAAUACUUCAGCCAUCAACACCACCACCAACACAGCCAAUACCAGCAACAGCAGCAACAACACCAGCUCUACCAGCAGCAGCAAAGGCAACAGGCCAAGAACGGCGGACAUCUCAAGUCGGUGAUCAAAAAGAACAACAACAAGAGCCAAAUCUAUCAGCAUACCUACGACGAACCCAAAAAGGUCACGUUCAGCGCCUACGCCACCGUUCAAGUUGUGGAUUAACCGUUGGCAUUCUCCUCCCCACAUAUUCGUUGUACCAUAUACAAAGUUUACUUGUGUUAUUGAACGUCAGUCGUCGUCGUGUUACCAAUAGAUUUAACCGGUCACGUUGACCGCCUGUCGGGCAAUAGGGCGUAGUAUAUAUUAUAUUACCAAAAAAAAAAAAAAAAAUUGCUCAAAUUUACUUACCCUAUGUUUUUUUUCUGCACCACAAAGAUCACAAUAUUAUGUGAUCAACAUUGGCUUUGGGGCAAUUCGAUUUAUAAAAAUGGUAAAUAAUAAAUUCCUAUAUUUAACAUUCUAAUGGUUUCAAACUAAACAUCGUCUAAUUGACAGUUUAUUUUACCUUAUUUUCUUUUUAAUAACGAAAACAAUCUUAGAACUGCAACUAGUUCCAAGUCUCGUUAUUAUUCUCCGUCAAAAAUUCAAUCAUCAAAUCAAAAUCUAAUAAAUUGUUAUGGUCGCACGUCACAUUGGUCAUUGUAUUAAGAGGUCAAGUUCGUGUCUUCGUCGUCGAAGGCAUCUGUAAACUGGGCCCCCGACACGACACUGUAUUCAUCGUUAAAUUACUCUACUUCCUUUUACGUGGGAAUUUUUUGAUUGUUUCAUCGUUUUAUCUUCGGCCGGAAGAUAGAAAACGGACGGAAACGACAUUAAAAUACGACGCAUGUUUAUUUUAAUACAGUGGAGUGUGGACCGUAAUAUUCUUAUAUAACAUACCUACACUGUUGAAUAUUACGUCAUUGUUGUUCUAGUUUUGAUAAUGUGAUCGAUCAAUUAUUAUUAUUAUUCUAUUAUAUAUUUUUAUCGACAAGCCAUUCACGAGUAUUACGCCCUCUUACCCGUUACGCGUUCGCGUUUAUGUUCUAGUAAAGCUAUUCACUAUUCAGAUUAUUGCUCAUUAAACGAAAUAUUAAUGUACUUUAUAUAUUAUAUAUAUAUAUUACCUAUUUAAUAUGUCAUUGCUGGAGCGUGUAUUAUUGAAUUGUAUUUUAAGUUAACUUAUAUACGCAACGUUUUAAUUGUAGACAAUUAUAACUUAAUUUUCUUAUUAUAUCUAUCAAUAACGUAUUUUUUUUCUGUAUAACAUAGAGAAGACGACACCGCUGCAACCGUAGAAAGGUAUUUGCAUGUGUUUUUUUGGGACCCAUAUUGUUUGUAUUUUUAUUUAUAAAAUUUAAUGUGCGUGUAUAGUUAUGCCGUGUAAUUACA